UCUCUCUCAAUGAAGAAUAAGAAUCACAGUAGACUACUAGAAGGGAGCCUCUGUAAUCUGACAAUCUCCAAAGAAUACAAGUUUUGAAUUGUUACUGCCUGAAACUAAAACAGGAAAGGUUGGAGGGUUGUAGUGGUUGCCAUUGAAGCUUGCUUUUUGGGGUUUGAAGAGUUUUAAGUGUGAUUUUUUUCUUCAAUGGAGAGUAUAAACGAAGAAUCAAAAUCAAAGAUGGAAGAGUAUGAAGUGAUGGAGCAAAUUGGGAGAGGGGCUUUUGGGUCAGCGUUUCUCGUCCACCACAAGUCGGAGAAAAAGAGGUAUGUUUUGAAGAAGAUCCGUUUGGCUAAGCAAACAGUGAAGUUCAAGCGAACAGCGCAUCAAGAGAUGGAGUUGAUCUCAAAAUUGAAAAACCCAUACAUUGUGGAGUAUAAAGAUGCUUGGGUGGAAAAGGAAUGCAGUGUUUGCAUAGUGACAACCUACUGUGAAGCUGGAGACAUGGCUGAGAUGAUAAAGAAAGCUAGAGGAGCAUUUUUCCCUGAGAAGAAGCUCUGCAAAUGGCUGACCCAGUUGCUGCUUGCUGUGGAUUACCUGCACUCCAACAGAGUCCUCCACAGGGAUCUGAAGUGCUCUAACAUAUUUCUAACAAAGGAGAAUGACAUCCGCCUUGGUGACUUUGGACUUGCAAAACUACUCAGUAAAGAUGAUCUUGCUUCUUCGGUUGUGGGAACUCCAAACUACAUGUGCCCUGAGCUCCUUGCAGAUAUUCCUUAUGGCUACAAAUCAGAUAUUUGGUCACUAGGUUGCUGUAUGUUUGAAAUCGCUGCACACCAGCCUGCAUACAGGGCUACCGAUAUGGCUGGACUAGUCAACAAGAUUAACAGAUCCUCCAUUUCUCCACUCCCAACUGUGUAUUCCUCUGCAUUGAAACGGUUAAUCAAGAGCAUGCUGAGAAAAAACCCAGAACAUAGACCGACAGCUUCAGAACUGUUGAGGCUUCCGCACUUGCAACCAUACCUCAUUGAAUGCUGCAACCCUUCUUCUGUUCUUCUUCCAGUAAAAGCUGCAAAUAAUUCAGGGGAUAAACCAACUCAAAGCCAAUCAUCUAACAAGUCUAAUGCUGGAAAGGAUGGCAAAGGCAGAGAGUCAAGGGAAGAUGCACCAAGAGAGUCGAGAAGUAAUGGGGAAGUUGUCACAAACACUGAUGUCCAGCCAAGAAAUCUAAGAAACGUAGAUAAAACUGAGACCAAAAAGGAUGACCCAACAAGCUAUCCUGAGGAAGCAUCUCAUACCAAUGGGGGUGGAGGUAGUAGAGACAGUGAGAUGAUAGCUCCUAGUGGAGAUCAAGUCAAUGCCAAAUAUUUCCAACAAAUGGAAAGCACUGACACACAAAGCACCUCACAGAACACGCCAAUUAGUAAUGGAAAAGAUGAACACAGGGAGGAACCCUCUCCUGGACAUUCCCUGCUAGCAGAAGGGAUUGAUAUGAAAACAGCAGGAGUUAUCACAGAGGAUGGAUCAGCACUGUGUGCCCCAGAGGUUCUUGGGCACAAAGGUGAGGGUGCAAAACCACAAAACAUGCAGAAAGGAGUAUCAUCCAUUGCAGUUUCUACGGACCCAGUUGGAUCCCAUGAUGAAGAAACGUCAUCAUCAGCUGGGGCAAAUGUUAGUCAUAACACAAAUGUAGUAACACACAUCCACUGUAUAAAGCAAGUGGAAAAACCUAGUGACACUCCACCAUGUGCUCCCCCAGGCUGCAUUGCAUCAGGAAGCACAUUCAGUGGUGAUGAUGUAGGGCCAAAAACAGUUAAUACUGUCAAUCACGAGAAAGCAGGGAAUGGUAACAAUGAUGAAAUAAAUUGGGUUACCAAUGAUAUCUCAAUGAUGAGUACAUUGACAACUCUAAAUGGUGAUGACACAAGGGCUGAGUUGGAUAAUCAUAGCCAGCAAAGAGCUGACGCUCUGGAGACCCUGCUGGAGCUAUGUGCACAAUUACUUGACCAGGACAGACUUGAGGAACUUGCCGGCGUGCUGAGACCAUUUGGAGAAGAAGCUGUGUCAUCCAGAGAAACAGCAAUUUGGUUGACAAAGAGCCUAAUGACUGCACAAAAAUUUAAUGGGGGAAUCUAUAACUCAAGACCUGAGACCUGAGACUGUACUUGAAGACACUUAUCAGGGCCACCACACAACAUAAAUUUUGAAGGAGAUAACAAGUACCUGUAAUAUAUCCCACAUUUCCACCCAUUCCACAUCUUGUUUGUUGUCUUGUGUUAAAUAUAUUGUUGAUUAUAGUUUGCUC